AUGGCCGGCCUGAGAUGGAGAGAGUGGUGGAACACGAUGGCGUUCCCCACACGGAAGAUCUGGAACCGUUUCUCCGUUCGCGUCGGAUUCCGUCACAGUGGACUCUUGAGGUUACAAAACGACGUGAACUCUUGCGAGUACGAAGACAUACACAUCAUGUGGAACCUCUUGCACAAGAACGAAGAUCCGACACCGACACGUGGCGGUGGCGGAGGCGCACGCAUCCGACAACGAAUCCAACAAAGGAAGAAAGCUUGUUGGAAUCUCUUCGGUUCAUAUCUUUGCCAGAGAUUCUGA